AUGACCAUUUCAAGUUGGUUCCUUGUGGUGUCAUGGAUAAUGUCCCCUUUUGUGUUCAACCCAUCUGGCUUUGACUGGCUGAAGACGGUGUAUGAUUUUGAUGAUUUUAUGAAUUGGAUAUGGUGUAAAGGUGGCGCACUAGCAGAAGCCAAUAAGAGCUGGGAGAUACGGUGGUAUGAGGAACAAGAGCAUUUGAGAACAACAGGCCUUUGGGGAAAGCUACUAGAGAUAAUUCUGGACCUUCGUUUCUUCUUCUUCCAGUAUGGUAUCGUGUAUCAGUUGGGCAACGCGAAUCAUAGCACCAAUGUUGGUGUGUACCUGUUAUCUUGGAUAUACAUGAUUGUGACUGUUGGGAUCUAUGUGGUUAUAGCAUAUUCUCAAGACAAAUAUGCCGCAAAACAGCACAUCUACUAUCGGGUAGUUCAGCUUGUAAUCGUUAUACAAUGGAGCAACAGAGUUCCUGGUAAAUGA